AGUAUUGCGUCGUGUUUCGUUAUUUCGUUACAAUUGUGUUUUGUCUUGCAUGUCAAUAAUUUAUUAGAAGUUUUUAUUAGCAGCUCUGGAAGGCGGUUUACGGUUCUACAUUGUAGUUUUGAAACGGUAAAAUAUGUUGAAUAUUAAACCUGAAAAUGACGAUGCAGAAGAAUACUCCGUUCAACCAAAACCGUUUGAUGUGCUGUUCAAAAACAAUGAAAUAACUAUAGUAGAGGAUUAUUUGGUUAAGAAUGAAGUAGAUGAUACUUAUGAAGUUUUGAAGCGGUUUAAUAUAUUGAAAAUUAAACCUGAAAAUGAUGAAACAAAAGAAGAGUUGUUGGAAAAAUCGUUUGAAGUCCAUGAAAACAAACCGUUUGAUAUGCAGUUCAUAAACAAUGAAAUUUCUACAACAAAUAAGUGUUUAGUAAAUAAUGAAGUCGAUAAUAAUUAUGAUAUUCAUUUUUCGUGUAAAGCGACAGAUAUCUCAAAUAAUACAAAGACAAUGAAUUGUAGUUUUAACGAAACUAUAGAUAAUCAUUUAAAGAAAAAUAUAUACAAAAUACGUCGGUUCGACUGCAAUAUGUGUCAAAGGAGGUUUACAACCAAAAGUAAUAUAAUCCGGCAUAUUACGAAAUCGCAUUCCAUUGAAAAGAAAACACCUCAAAAAGUCAAUCAUCCUAAUAGCAAAAUCAAAGAAAAUACUCGAAACAAAGAUGGCCUAUUUAAUUGUGGUAAUUGUUUGAAAACGUUUUCAUUAAAAUCAAGCCUGAGAAGACAUUCGUGCAUUCACACGGAAAAGCCCUUUAAAUGCAAUGUCUGUGAAAAAGCAUUCAUUCAUCAAUCUAAUCUCAAGAGACAUACACGUAUACAUACCGGCGAGAUCCCUUUUAAAUGCGAUGUCUGUCAAAAGGCUUUUUGCGACCAAUCUUACAUCAAAAUUCAUAAAAGGAUACAUACCGGCGAGAAGCCCUUUAAAUGCAACAUUUGUGAAAAAAAAUUUGGUCAGAUAUCUCACCUCAAAACUCAUGAACGCAUACACACCGCCGAGAAACCUUUUAAGUGCGAUGUCUGUGAAAAAACAUUCAGUCAUCAAUCUGCUCUCAAGAGGCAUGCACGUAUUCAUACCGGCGAGAAACCGUUUAAAUGCGAUGUCUGUGAAAAAACAUUCAGUCAUCAAUCUGCUCUCAAGAGACAUGCACGUAUUCAUACCGGCGAGAAACCGUUUAAAUGCGUUGUCUGUGAAAAAAUAUUCAGUCAACAAACUCAUCUCAAGAACCAUGCACGUAUUCAUACCGAAGAGAAACCCUUUAAAUGCGAUGUCUGUGAAAAAUGUUUUAAUAUACAAUCUAACCUCAAAGUUCAUGAAAGAACACAUACCGGCGAGAAACCAUUUAAAUGCGAUGUCUGUGAAAAAAUAUUCAGUUUAAAGUCCUCUCUCAUAACUCAUGAACGCAUACAUAUUGGUGGGGUACGACACAAAUGCUCAGUCUGUGAUAAAUCAUAUGGUCGCCAAGAUUCCCUCAAAAGUCAUCAAGCAAAAGCACACGGCUCAUAGAUUCAUAAACCUUACGUGACUAUUUGGCAGUUUUUCAAAAUCGAUUUGUUAUUAUUUUGCAAUUUUUUUUACUUACGAUUUA